AUGAUCAUCUACAAGGAUUUCCUUACUGGUGAUGAAUUGUUUAGUGAUGCCUUCCCUAUUAAACGCGUAAAUGAGUACAUUUGGGAAGUUGAGGGCAAAACGAUCCAAGUGAAGGAAGGAGUGGAUGAUGCUCUUAUCGGUGCCAAUCCUUCGGCUGAAGAAGGCGGAGACGCUUUCGACGAAGGCGUCACAUCAGUGAUCAACCUGGUCUAUUCACACCAGCUGGAAGAGUUUGCUUUCAGCAGUAAGAAAGACUACUCCGGAUGCCUCAAAGAUUACCUCAAACGCGUCUCGAAUCGUGUCGCUGAAAAGAAUCCAGAAAAGAAAGCAGAAUUUGAGUCUGCUGUACAGUCGUACUGGAAGGAUAAUGUCCUAAAAACCUUUUCGGAGUGGCGAUUCUUUAGGCCUUCAAAUUACGAGGCCGAGUGCCAAUACUUUGUUCCUUGCAACUACCGAGAGGAUGGUAUAACUCCGUACUUUGUGUUUAUUAGCAAAGGUCUUGAUGAGGAGAAGUGCUAA